CCGCGCCUCUCCGCGGGCGCGGUCCGCCAUGCCCUCCUGGGUCAUAGACCAGUACGGCCGCAACGACGUGCUGCGCUUCACCCGGGACAUGGUGUUCCCCAUCAUACACUUCCCGAACGAGGUCAUCAUUAAGGUUCACGCUGCGAGCCUGAACCCCAUCGACCUUAGCAUGAGAAGUGGUUACGGUGCAACCGCAUUAAAUAUGAAGCGGGAUCCCCUGAAACUCAAAAGCGCAGACACUGAAUUUCCACUAACACUUGGUCGAGAUGUCUCUGGUGUUAUUAUGGAAUGUGGACUGAGUGUGUCUUAUUUCAAACCUGGAGAUGAGGUGUGGGCAGCAAUUCCUCCAUGGAAACAGGGCACUCUGUCAGAGUUUGUGGUAGCUAGUGGAAACGAGGUGUCUUUUAAGCCAAAGCGUCUCAGUCACACAGAAGCUGCCUCCUUACCCUAUGUAGGUCUCACAGCAUGGUCUGCAGUUAACCAGGUUGGAGGACUGAACCGAAAUAAUUGUAGUGGGAAAAGAGUAUUAAUAUUAGGAGCUUCAGGAGGAGUUGGUACAUUUGCUGUACAGCUAGUGAAGGCCUGGGGUGCUCACGUGACAGCAGUUUGUUCUCAUGAUGCCAGCACACUGAUGAAAAAGCUUGGAGCAGAUGAGGUGAUUGAUUACAAAUCUGGAAAUCUGGAAGAGCAACUUAAAACAUUACCCUUAUUUGAUUUCAUCCUAGAUAAUGUUGGUGGAUCCACUGAGAAGUGGGCUCUAGAUCUCCUGAAGCAAUGGUCAGGAGCAACAUAUGUUACCUUAGUGACACCUUUCUUGAUCAAUAUGGACAAACUUGGAGUGGCUGAUGGCAUGUUACAAACAGGAGUCACUGUUGCUUCCAAAACUGUAAAGCAUCUCUUUAAAGGAGUCCAUUAUCGGUGGGCAUUUUUUAUGCCAAGUGGCCCAAGUUUGGAUGAAAUAGCAGAACUGGUUGAUUCUGGAAAGAUUCAACCAGUUAUUGAUCAAGUCUUCUCUUUUUCUGAAGUUCCAAAAGCCUUUCUGAAAUUGGAAGGAGGACAUGCACGUGGAAAAACAGUGAUCGAUGUAAUUAGUAAAAAAUAAAGUAUCUCUAAUCGUUAUUCUGCCCGCAGUCAGCCCUUUAGUGCUAAAUUACACUUGAACAUGAACUGGUAUGUAGCAACUGUUUCUUCUUCAAAAGCUCAUAGGGGAUGGAUAACUUUAAAAAGAAGUCUUGUUUUAGAAAAGCCUCUUUGAUUCCUUCAUUGCCUGCCCAUUAAUAACUGUUAAUACACAGACAAGAAACACUAGUGUCCCUUUGGUGUUUCUACAUGAAAACCAUGUUACAAAUGUAGUUGUGACUUUUGCAGAACACCCCUCACUCUUGGGAUAAGAGUUUGUAGUCUUGGUGCUUUUAUUUUUCCAGAUGUUUUAGUCAAGUCCUGAAAUGGUGAGGCACACGUUUAUCUAAUUGUCCAUGUGAAACUCUGUUGGCCUUGCCUAGUUCUGUUCACCUUUAUUAAUAUCUAUUGUUACUCAAUCUAGUUCCUUCUCAGAACCUGUAAACUUUUCCUGUAUGCAGCAGUCACGUUGCUGUCUCAAGACCGGUACUUUAAUCUCGAUAUGGCAAAUCCCUCGUGGCAUAACUAAUCAGAGUAGAAGCAUGGAAUAAAAAUCUGUAACUGAUAAUUACUCUAACUGCCUAAUUCCUGGCACAGAUUCAGCUGACUACAGUGUCCAUGCGGGUAGGCUAGACAUGAUUUUGGCAGUCAUCAGGAGACCCUGUUCCUUCCAUGCCCCCUAUUGCUGCCAGUGGCGAUGAAGUGCUGGAGGGGUAUGUGUCUCUUGGUCUGUUUAUGAUCUUACCAUUUUGCCUGAGAUGGGCUAUGGCGUGACUUCCCCUGCAAUUGUGCAGCUAGAUCGAAGGGAAGUGGUAACCUUUUAAUUGGGAACCGGACAUUUACUGUGGUGCAGCUACAGUGAUGGAAAAACCAAGUCAUGGAGUGCUUGUGUCGGGGGACAGAAGCAGCAGCUGUGUGAACUGUGGCCCCGUGUACAAAAUGCACUGAACACAUGCUUGUAUAGGAGAAGCACACAUUCCUUAGAGCCUGCAGCUAUUCCACACCAUCCAUUGACUCCUCAUUAGCUGUUGCAGAGGAAUUACAGACAGAGAAGGACACCAGGCAGAAGCAGAACUAACUAAAAUGUCAGCUUUCUACCUUUAAAAAUAAUUUCAAUAAAAAGUUACCUAACUUAAAUUUAUUUGUAAAAUGCUAUAUUAUAUAUAGCAAGAGCACAUCAAUAUGACAAAGUACCACUGUUUGGAACCAAUAACAACAUGUUUUCUAGGAAGAACUAAAAGCAGCACAUUUCAGAGCAACAAAACUUCAGAAGGUCUGUACAAAAGGAGGAAAAUAAGUAAGGCACUUCCUCUAGGGUGGUAACAAUAAAAGCACCAGUAUCCUUUGAGGCAAUACAAUAGUAAUGAAAAUGUUAAUUUUAAACAGACUUACUAUGCAAGACAAAGGCCUGGAUGCUCCUAGGAGCAGCUUGUAAUAACACUGGUCUAGCCAGAACAAAACACAGCAGCAUAGUACAAGACUUUGUAUUUUACCUUUUUGCCAACAUUAUUACGAAAAGCUAACAAAACCAGGUUAAGAACAGGGCAACAGAAGAACCUCCUGCAGUCAUUAGUAUGUCUUACUUGUCACAAGCUCUUUACUAAACCGGCAGCGCUUACUUUGAACGGGCACAGUCCCUGUGACUGGGCAGGUAUCCACGCCCCUCACUAGAGCUGUCUGACGCUCCUGCCCAGCCAGCAGCCCUCCACGGACAUCGCUCUCCAACACCGCCAGAAAUACUCGGGAGCCUGGCGUCCUCCACGGUAAGCCCAACAGGCAGUGGCUGAAAAGCUUCAUAACCACGGCGCUUAGGUGCUGUUGCAGUUGUCUUUAAUGAUCUUUUCCUUAAGAAUUCUUGUUUUCUAUGUGAUUUUGGAGUUCACGAAGACUACACUUACUGGAUCUGUUUUAAAAGGUAAAAAUUUGACUUGGCAAAGCAGUAAAAUACCCAUAACUCAAAGGGACAGGCAGCCUAGAAAAUGGGCA